UGUCUUGUUGACUGAAACAACAGUCCCAACACCCAACAUUUUUCUGUGUUCAUGCUUCAGAGUUUGUUCGGAUUGGAAUGGUUUUGCCCCCGUAGUGUACGCGCAUUCGCAUUAACAAAUAGGAAAUAGGGUCGUUGCCAUGUUUAGUUGGUCCGAUAUAUCAUAACAGUGAGUUUCUGUGAAAGUUGUAUAAAAAAUGCCUACGAUAAUUUAACGUUGAGUGAAAGAAGUGUCACGAUUUCAGCAAACUAACAAAUGUAUGAACAAAGGAGGCACUGAAGCAGAGCAAAGCGUAGUCAUUUUAUAACGGGACAGCGGGAGGUAGACUUAACGCAUGCUCCAUGGACGAUACGAGAUACCAGUGAUGAUUUCGUAUAGCGGCGUCGAAUAACAAUUUGAUUUGACGUGUUAUGGACGUAAACGUUUUCUAUGUGUGCUCACCAGUAAAUAUACAAAAUUUCGGAUCGAUUUUUUUUUAUCAUAGUUGCAAACUGUGAUGUGAAACGUGCAGUGUGUGUUUGUCUAAAUAACGCAAUGAACUGAAUGAACGGCAUUUUCUAACAUGUAUGAGCAGCGUGUUCCGCCAAAUAAAACAGUUCCGAACUUCACAUUGAAUUAAAUGUAUGCAGGUUAGGUACGUUUGUUGAGUAAUUCCUGAAAGAUGUAUGCAAAAGGAAAAGGAUCAUCUGUGCCAUCCGAUGCUCAAGCGAGAGAAAAGUUGGCACUGUAUGUGUAUGAAUAUUUACUUCAUGUUGGUGCACAAAAAGCUGCACAGACGUUUCUGUCGGAGAUUCGAUGGGAGAAAAAUAUAACAUUAGGAGAACCUCCGGGAUUUUUACAUUCAUGGUGGUGUGUGUUUUGGGAUUUGUAUUGUGCUGCUCCAGAAAGGAGGGACACUUGUGAACACUCUUCGGAAGCGAAGGCUUUUCACGAUUACGGAUUCGUGAACUCAGGAUAUGGGGUAAACGGAAUUGCACAUAAUACCGGCCCGGCGCCGAGUCCUCUAGGUCAAAUGCCCCCCUCAGAUGGAAUGCCCAGUGGUCCCCUACCUCCAGGAUUCUUUCCAAAUUCGACACUACGUCCGUCUCCUCCAACUCAUCCUUCGAGUCAGCCUUCACCACAUUCGCAACCCCCACCUCCCCAUUCUCAAAUUAUGUCAUCACAGCCAUUCAUGGGCCCUCGUUAUCCAGCAGGACCUCGACCUGGUGUAAGAAUACCCCAGAUUGGGAGUGACUUUAAUGGUCCACCAGGACAACCCUUGAUGGGCAACAAUAUGGACCCUACCAGACAAGGUGAAGGCGGAGAGUUUGUAGGUUGGCAAGGCCCUCCUGCAGCUAUGAACAGAAUGAACCCACCAAGGGGGCCUUCUAUGGCCCCAUUGGGUCCUGGAAACUAUGGUCCUGGACUACGCGGUCCACCACCAAAUAGCAGCCUAGGUCCUGGUGGCCCAAUGCCUCCUAUGACGAUGACAGGGCCUGGAGGACGGCCUCAGUGGCAACCCAAUACGUCAACGCCUAUGAACUAUUCUUCGUCAUCACCUGGUACAUACGGAGGCCCGCCGGGUUCUUCAGGACCAGCAGGACCAGGUACCCCUAUUAUGCCAAGCCCACAAGACUCGAGUAAUUCGGGAGGAGAGAAUAUGUACACACUAAUGAAGCCAGCCGUGGGUGGCAAUAUGCCCGGUGACUUUCAAAUGGGUGGAGGGCCGGAUGGAUCCGGAGCGAUGGGGCCUAUGGGCCCCAACUCCAUGGGGCCAGUAUUAAAUGGAGAUAUGGAUGGAAUGAAAAAUUCUCCCGCUAAUGGCGGACCAGGUACACCGAGAGAAGAUAGUGGUAGUGGAAUGGGAGAUUACAACAUAGGCUUUGGAGGACCUGGAGAAAACGACCAAACGGAAUCAGCCGCUAUUUUGAAAAUAAAAGAGAGCAUGCAAGAGGAGGCCAAGAGGUUUGAGAAAGACUCGGACCAUCCUGAGUAUUUUAUGCAAUAACUCCCUCGCCUCGCCUCUUUGGCUGGUGGACGCCUCUUCUUCCUUCCUAACCUGUACUAACACGGGCGGUGGUGUGCUCAAUACUCAGCUCUUCCCCGCGUCAGGCCACCGACUUCAUUAGUCAUGAGUGUUCUGUUCUGUUUGCAGAUAUUCCUGUGAGGCUGAGCUGAGCUAGAGCAACCUGGCCCGGGAAGACACCUUCACUCGGAUACGUUCGUCAUGGUUAUGGUUCCUCAAGUCCCAACCACUACUAUAAUACACCACAGACACCACAAGACCAUUCAACACCCAUUGUCCACCAGCCUAGGCAAGGUUGGAUGUUUUCACGCCGUUUUGUGUUAUGUACUAUUUGCAUGUCCCUACAUUCCUCCUUGGUUAGAUUAGGGUUGGCUCAACCCGUUCUCUCCAUAUGCCAUCACUGAACAUCACUAACUCUCUAGUUUUAUAUAAAUUUUAACGAUAGACUGGCUGAACCAUCUCUAAUCUUCCUCGCUAUAUCAUUUUCACCUCUAUGUGUACAUGCAAUAGUUAAGUGGAAAAG